UUUUAAUUUCAAUAUUUAAUUUUUACAUUUUCUGUAUCGAUAAUUGCAGACAAUUCCCAAUUCCGCCAUUGUUUCGUUUCCGUAGAGCUUGAUAAUCAACAGACCUCGAAAACGACAGUGUUCAGCAAUUCGGAUUUUUUUCGGAAACAAUGAGGCGGCAGGGGCAUUAUGGUGAUGCAUCUGCCAAUAGUUAUGGGGCUUCACAGAUGCAUCAUCAUCAUCAUAAUCAUAUGGCUGGUCAAAGGAUGGAAGGUCAAAGGAUGGACCCCAAGUCUGGUAAUUAUGAUGGACGGCUAGAGGCGUUCACACCGGAAAGAGAGAAUCCAUAUCCAAAUUCUAAGCCAGAGGGUCAAUGGAGAUGGGAAGUGGAUGAAUCAAAGAUGUCUAAUUCAAUGCCGUCUCAUAUGUUUAAUGAAGGUCAAGGGGGUGAUGCUUCAAGGUCUUAUUUUCAAGGACAGAGGCCCGAUCCUAAAUUGGCUUUGCAGAGCCGGAGCAACAGUGAUUCCAGAUCUCAGGCCCAUGAAGAAAAUAUAGAUGUUAGAUAUGAAGGAAAUCAUUUAUCACAAACUUUUGAAGGUCUUGAACAGAAUUUUCAUGAUGACAUUAUUAAACUGACUAAAGAACAGCAGGAUGUUGAAGAUGCAGAACAGGCUAGGCACAGAGAGAAAAUAAAUGCAAUCAAUACUCAGUAUGAAGAAAAAUUGGAAGCACUUCGAGCUCGGCAUGGAAACCGUAGAACUGAAUUUCUUCAAAGGGAAUCACGUGCAAGACAACAGCAGUAUGAGCAAAUCAUUCGGGAUCCUUACUCCAGUAGCAGCAUAGCACCCAGAGACCCUCAUGCUCGCAGUAAUGUCAAUGCUUCAGCUUCCGGUGGAGAACCCCAACGAGGAUACUCUGCUGAUCACUUUGAUCCUUACAAAGAGCAAUCUCGAUUUCUUGGGAGUGGAAGAGAUCAAGGAUUCGAUCCUAGAGGUCCAUAUCCUGGUGGACGUGUUUAUGACACCGGUUCACGUUACUACAACUGAUUUUUGACAACAUUUUUACCUUUCAUUUCGGCUUGUACCAAGUGCAAUUUAAAUUGCAUACAUGCAUUUAGGUGUAGGGUUACUAGGAUCUUUGGGGUGUUUGUUAAAUCCAAUACCAUUUCAAAACUAAGAAAUAAUUUUAUUCCAUUUGAGAAGAACUGCAUAAAACCCAUAUUUAGCUAGCUAGGAAGGAUGGCAUGACUCAAUUAACAUGUUGCAACCUGCUAUUUUGUAUUUACAUCUGUAUCCUCAUAUUGUCUAGGAUGUCUUUGAUUCUAAAAAUGAUUCUGAAAAUGGAUAUAUUUGGAUA